AUGGAUUUCGGCCGCCGCAAGAGUUUCAGCUUCUUCGAGGAGGACCGCAAGUCGUCCCGCCCGGGCGCGCACACGCCCGUGCACCAGUACUACGCGCGCGCCGCGGGCGGCGGCCGCUCGCCGGCGCGCGAGGCGGCCGAGCCCGCGCGCCUCAGCAUGUCGUCCGUGCCCGGGGUCGAGGUGCCCAUCGUCGGCGGCGCCGCGGGCGGCGGGUGCUCGCCAUGGGUGCAGUCGCCGCUGCACGGCCGCCUCCGCUUCCCGCCCUCGCCCGCCGCCAUCUACCACUGCCUCGCCGCGCUGCACCGGCUGGAGGGCGACGUGCACGCGCUGGCCGUCGCCCGGGGCGUCCUCUUCACAGCCUCCGACAGCGGCCGGGUCCGCGCGUGGGCGGCGCCCGGCUGCUUCAACCGCGGCUACCUCGACGUCGGCCGCGGCCGCGUCCCGGCGCUCGCCGCGUGCGGGGGCACGCUCGUCACCUCCCACAGCCGCGACCACCACGUCCGGGUCUGGACCAUCUGCGCCGCCGCCGUCUGCGACCACAUCCGCGCCAAGAAGGCCGCCACGCUCCCCGCCAAGGGCAGCCUCUCGCUGCUCUCCUUCGGCAAGAAACGGCCGCACCAGCACCGCGACACCGUCUCCUGCCUCGUCCUCCACGCCGUCGCGGGCCUCCUCUACACCGGCUCCCACGACCAGACCGUCAAGGCGUGGAAGCUCUCCGACGGCAGCUGCGUGGACUCCUUCGUGGCGCACGACGGGCCCAUCAACGCCAUGGUCGUCAACGAGGCCGACGGCUGCAUCUUCACGGGCUCCGCCGACGGCACCGUCAAGAUGUGGCGCCGCGUCUACGGCGGCACCGCGCACGCGCUCAUCAUCGUGCUCCGCUCCGAGCUGUCCCCGGUGAACGCGCUCGCGCUCUGCCACGCCGCCUCCGGCGGCACGCGCAGGUGCUUCCUCUACGCCGGCUCCUCCGACGGCUACGUGAACGUGUGGGAGAAGGAGGCCACGGUGGGGCGGCCGGCGCACGCGGGAUACCUCAAGGGCCACCGCCUGGCGGUGUUCUGCCUGGCGUCCGGCUGCAGCGGGCGGGUGGUGGUGAGCGGGUCGGAGGACGCGACGAUGCGCGUGUGGAGGCGGGAGGGGAAGGGCGGCGGCGCGGCGCACACGUGCCUGGCAGUGAUCGAGGGCCACCGGGGCCCGGUGCGGUGCCUGGCCGUGGGCGGCGGCGAGGCCGGGGAGGUGGAGGGCAGCAUGGUGGUGUACAGCGCGGGGCUGGACAAGAGCGUCAAGACGACGACAUGA